AUGACGGUUGUGGAUCGCUUGUCCAAGUACGGGCAUUUUAUUGCCCUACCAUCUUCUUUCACUGCUAAUUCAGUGGAAGAGGCAUUUGUGAUUGGGAUUGUUCGACUCCAUGGACCCCCAAGGUCUAUUGUCUCUGACAUAGAUCCUCAGCAGUACCUGCGUUGCUUCAUUGCUGAUGCUCCUAACAAAUGGGUGACUAUGUUACCUUGGGCGGAGUUCUGGUACAAUACGUCCUAUCAAGCAUCAGCAGACAUGACUCCAUUUCGGGCUUUAUAUGGGAGAGAUCCUCCCACAGUGGCGAGAUAUAUUUUAGGCAGCAACUCCAAUGAUGUGGUCGAUGCUUAUUUAGUGGAUAGAGAUGAGAUUUUGGCAAUCCUAAAGGCUAAUUUGGUCCUAGCACAGAAUAGGAUGAAGCGUUGGGCUUACAAAAACCGAAGAGAACUGGUUUAUGAAGUUGGAGAGUGGGUUUAUGUGAAGCUGAAGCCUUAUCGCCAGAAUUCUAUACGCCUCCAUCAGCACUCCAAGCUAGGAAGACGAUACUUUGGGCCUGGACCAUCUCUGAACCUUGAGGACCAGGUUCCUUUUCAGGGAGAAGGUAUUGUUGUGACCGACCAAGAUGACGUGGAAAACACCUCAGUUGCUUACGUAGACUCAAGUACUCAGCAGGAGAGUGAGACCAUGAGAAGAAGUAAGUGCAUGAAGAAGCCUUCAACAAGGCUAACAGAUUUCGUUGUGGGAGCUGGUAUUUUUGAUGGAAGGCGAGUUGUUCUUCGCAUUUGUGAUGCUUUGGGAGGCAGUGGCCUUCUUGAUCGCAUGAG